UGACAUCGCUCCUGCAGACGCUUCAGAGUGAAGCAUUGUGGGAUACACACAACAGCUAUAUCGAAGAUGCUUUGAACAGACAAAAAAACGAUUUAAAGUUUAAAUAAUUAACUAAAUGUCACCAGGAUGAAGAACGUUUUCAUUCUUGCUGACAAAGCCUGGGCGGGUUCUAGCCUACUGUAUAAGUGGCAGAAAACCCUUGGUAACUACAUCGCUGUUGCAGGACAGGACAACUCAGUGAAAAUAUUUGAUCGACACGGUCACAAGUGGACUGAACUCAACCUUCCAGGGCGCUGUGUGGGUAUUGACUGGGAUAAGGAUGGAGACAUUUUGGCUGUGAUAGCUGCAAAAUCCAGCUCCAUCUACCUCUGGGAUGCCAGUGUCAAUAAAACAUCCCAGAUAGACAGCGGAAUGAGAGAUCAGAUGUCCUUCAUUUUGUGGUCAAAGACUGGCCCGUUGUUGGCAGUCGGGACAGUCAAAGGAAACCUGUUGAUCUACAAUCAGCAGACUUCACGCAAGAUCCCUGUACUGGGUAAACACACCAAAAAGAUCACCUGUGGAUGCUGGAGUACUCAGAAUCUACUGGCUCUUGGAAGUGAUGACAACACGCUGAGCAUCAGCAAUCAUGAGGGGGACACCAUCAGACAGACAACACUUCGCGGUGAGCCUGCUGAAAUUUACUUUUCCGUUAUGAAGACAGAUGAAAGGUCCGCUCAAGGAGAGAGCACUGUGAGUGUGUCUGUGGACAAGAAGAUACUGAUGCUUUUCAAUAUCAACGACCCUGAUAACCGGAUAGAACUGACCUUCCAGCGUCCCUAUGGAAACAUUGUAUCCUAUCGCUGGUACGGUGAUGGGUAUAUACUCAUUGGCUUCUCCCAUGGAUAUUUUGUGGUCAUUUCCACACACAUCAGGGAGAUUGGAGAGGAGCUCUACCAGGCUCACAACCAUAAAGAUAGUCUUAACAGUGUGGCCAUCUCACCGGCAUUAAACAAGGCUGCCUCCUGCGGGGACAAUAGCAUAAAGAUCCACGAGCUGUCUGAGCUCAAAGAUAUCAGCAACGUAGUUCGGUUGGAUGAUGAGACUAAAGGUCUGGACCAGCUGAGCUGGACAGAUGACGGCCAGCUGUUGGCUGUUUCCACACAGAAAGGGACGCUCCAUGUCUUCCUGACCAAGCUGCCCAUUCUGGGUGACAGCUUUGGUACCCGGCUGGCCUACCUCACCUCCCUCCUGGAGGUCACCGUCUCCAACCAGGUGGAAGGGGAGACCCCUGUGGCCAUAGAAGUGGACAUAGAGCCCACUUUCAUUGCAGUGGGACCGUACCAUGUGGCUGUGGGGAUGAACAACAGAGCCUGGUUCUACGCAUUAGUAGAUCAAGAACCUGGUUUUCACAAGCUAAAGGACAUUGAGUAUUUGGGGACAAUAGCCAGCAUGUGCCUUAACUCAGACUAUGCAGCAGCGCUCUUUGAGGGCAAAGUACAGCUGCACAUGAUCGAAGGCAAAGACCAUGAGGCAAAGAAACAGAUGAAGUUGUUUCCAGAUGAUGACAGAAAAGGUCGGAUCCUUUGCCACGCCCUCACCACUGACUUCCUGUACUAUGGCACUGAUUCAGGUAAUGUUGUAUGUGUCUUGGUGGAGGACUGGGAGACUGUGAGCAGCUACAGCCACUCAGUUGGUGUGAGGAGAGUGUUCCCUGACCUAAAUGGCACACGGCUGGUCUUCAUCGAUGAUAAGAACGGCGGCUUCCUACUCUCCCCUGCAAAUACAACAGACACCUGCUUUGAACUCCCCAACUUCUCUCCCACCAUCACAGGAGUGUUGUGGGACAACUGGCAUGCUGACAGAGGAGUGUUUGUAGCUUAUGACAAUGACAAGGUCUACACCUACGCCCUGCAUAAAACCACCGUAUACGGCCCCAGAGUGGUGUUGGUGGGGAGCACCACGCUCCCCUUUUCUCAGAAGCCUUUGCUCUUGUACAAUGGGGAACUGACUUGUCAGACAGCAAGUGGUAAGACCGGCGAAGUGGCUCUGAGCACACACUCCUUCCUCAAGCAUUCAACCGGCACAUCAACAGAUUCACCGCAGGGGCUCAGCAAGCAGCUCACCCAGGCACUCAUGCUCAAGAGGUUCCAUGAAGCCUUGGAUCUGUGCAAGUCUGCAGGCGGUGACGCAAACUGGGCAGAGUUAGGCAAAGCCUGUCUGGUCCACAUGGAGAUCGAUCUGGCCAUCCAGGUCUACCGCAUGAGUGGCAAUGUGGGCAUGGUCCUGUCACUGCAGAGCAUCCAGGGUACAGAGGACAUGAAUUUACUGGCAGGACACUUGGCCAUGUUUCUAGGUGACUACAACCUGGCUCAGGACCUCUAUCUGUCCUCCAACUGCCCAAUUGCUGCUUUGGAGAUGAGGAGAGACCUGCUGCACUGGGACAGCGCUCUUAUGUUAGCAAAGAGGCUAGCAGAAGACCAGAUUCCUUUUAUAUCCAAAGAAUAUGCCGUCCACCUGGAGUUUAUUGGGGACUAUGUGAAUGCAUUGGCACACUAUGAAAAAGGCAUGACCCACAAUAAUAAAGAGCAUGACGAAUUGUGCCAAGCAGGUGUAGCCAGGAUGUCCAUCAGGAUGGGUGACAUCAGGAGAGGAGCUGCCCAGGCAAUACAGCACCCAAGCAGAGUCCUCAAGAAGGAAUGUGGAGCCAUACUGGAGAGCAUGAAGCAAUUCUCAGAAGCUGCUCAGCUCUAUGAGAAAGGCCAGUAUUAUGACAAGGCUGCAUCCGUCUACAUUCGUUGCAAGAACUGGGCGAAGGUGGGAGAGCUGCUCCCACAUGUUUCCUCUCCCAAGAUCCACCUGCAGUAUGCAAAGGCCAAAGAGGCGGAUGGCAAGUAUAAGGACGCAGCACGGGCCUAUGAGAGUGCAAAAGACUGGGACAACGUGAUCCGAGUGCUGCUGGACCACCUGAACAACCCAGAGGAUGCUGUUCGCAUCGUCAGGGAGACGCAGAGCAUCGACGGAGCAAAGAUGGUUGCCAGGUUCUUCCUGCGGUUGAACGACUACGGCUCAGCCAUCCACUUCCUGGUUCUGUCUCAAUGCAAUGAUGAAGCUUUCCAGCUGGCACAGCAGCACGGACAGAUGGAGGUCUAUGCAGACAUCAUCGGCUCUGAGGCAACGCAGGAGGAUUACCAGAGCAUUGCUCUCUACUUUGAGGGAGAGAAGAAACACCUGCAGGCUGGCAAGUUCUUUCAGAAGUGUGGGCAGUACAGCAGAGCCCUGAAACACUUCCUGAAGUGUCCCAACACAGAUGACAACCUGGCAGUCGAGAUGGCUAUUGAGACGGUGGGUCAGGCCAAAGACCGCUCUUUGACCAGUCAGCUGAUAGAUUACCUGAUGGGGGAGAGCGAUGGUAUGCCCAAGGACGCCAAGUACCUCUUCCGUCUCUACAUGGCCCUGCAGCAGUACAGGGAGGCUGCUCGCACCGCCAUCAUCAUCGCCAGAGAAGAGCAGUGUGCAGGGAACUACCGUAACGCCCAUGACGUGCUGUUCAGCAUGUACACGGAGCUGCAGGCCCAGAAGAUUAAGAUCCCUGCUGAGAUGGCAACCAAUCUGAUGAUCCUCCACUCCUACCUACUGGUGAAGAUCCAUGUGAAGAGAGGAGACCACCUAAAAGGGGCACGCAUGCUCAUUCGUGUCAGCAACAAUAUCAGCAAGUUUCCUGCACAUGUUGUUCCCAUUCUGACGUCAGCGGUCAUUGAAUGUCACCGCGCUGGACUGAAGAACUCAGCCUUCAGCUUUGCUGCCAUGCUGAUGAGACCAGAGUACCGAAACGAGAUCGACCCAAAGUACAGGAAGAAGAUUGAGGCUAUGGUUCGACGUCCGGAUACAUCGGAGCUGGAGGAGGAAACAACCCCGUGUCCCUUCUGUGGCUUCCAGCUACCACAGAACGAACUGCUGUGUAUUUCCUGCAAGAACAACCUGCCCUACUGCAUUGCCACGGGUCGUCACAUGCUGAAAGAAGACUGGUCUGUGUGUCCUCACUGUGAAUUUCCCGCUCUCUACUCGCAGUUCAUUCUGUUGCUGGAGAUGGAGACAGUGUGUCCCAUGUGCUCUGAGACUCUGAGUGUCAAACAGGUGAAGAAGAUCUCUGAUUGUUCCAAAUACCUGCAGACUGAUGAACUGGAUCAAUGAGGGAAAAGAUGUGUUUAAAUUACAUAAAUUAUAUAUUUUGGAUGGAAUUUAUGCAGCUUUUAGUUUUAUAUGACAAACAGUUUCAAAGAUUAAAAGGAAACUUGAUAUCAACCAAAAGACAAUAAAGCAAAUAAAAAGUGAUUUAUAUUCAGGUGAAAUUGUAUGUCAUGUGUAAUAAAACCUUUUUUCACCCUUUAUCCAUGUUUGUUAAAAUCAGUUUGUCUUUUUUGUUUUUUUAUAAGAUCAAGUGAAUUUUGAAUAACCAUUAUAAACUGAGCGGCUUAAGAUACAUCGAGCGUGAAGCGAUAUUUCUGUACCAGUGAAUAUUUGUAAGAUUAGCAUGAUUUAUCUUUUUCAGUUUUAUUUUUUAAGUCAGUUCUGCAACUAAUGACAGUUUAAUAUCAAAUGAUUGGCCGUAUUUUCUCUAUUAAUCAGUUGGUCUAUAACAUAAAAAGAAAAUAUGGAAAAUCGUCAUAAAAUCAUAAAUUCCAGAAGCCCGAGCCAACAUUUAAAUGUCGUUUAAAUCCGACCAACAAUUCAAAACCUAAUAAUAUUCAGUUUACUAUGAAAAGACUAAGGAAACAAGUAAAUAUUAACAUUUUAGAGGCUGAAAACUUGAAAUGUUUAAUCGACUAUAAAAAUUGUUGAGGAUUUAUUUUUUGUCUAUGGCUUAGUUGGUGUAACGUUUCAACUCUACUCGGGGUGACAAUGCUGGGACAUCACUGUCCUCUAUAAUUUCUGAUUAUUUAGUGACAUAUUGUUUAGAUUUGCUUUGUUGCAGUUUAUAAGUAGU